AUGUAUUAUCCUUACGGCAGAUAAUAAUACUAUCCUCGUCCAGUGUAUCAACCACCACAAUACAGACCUCCUUAAUAUUAUCAACCUUAUGCACCUUAAUACUAUCCAUAAUCAGCUCUCUAUUAAUCCUAUAAUGGAUAUCCAAUUCCAAAAGUCAAUAUGCCAACAGCUCAUCCUAUGGCAAGCUAAACUAUUCAAUCUCCAAAUAAGAAUUUUCAAAGUCCAAUGAGAGGAUUUGCAUCACCUGCUAGAAAUCAACUCAUGCAAUCAUAAUAAUAAUAACCACCAUAAUAUAAACCACCUUCAUAAUAGCAAUUAUAAUCACCAACAAGACCUGGAUUUUUAACUUAUGAAUAAGUGAUGGAAAGAAUUAAUAAAAACAAUAUUUAAUAAUAAUCACAUUUACCUUAACAAAGUAAUCCAUUUUCUAACUAUCUUAGAAUCUACAUCUUUACCUUAACCCAUCAAACCUUUACCUUAAAAUGGUUAAAUCUAACAAUAGUAACCCAAAAAAAAGUAAGAUCAUGAAAUAUAACCAACACAACAAUAAACAUAGCAACAAAAUAAAACUCCAAAUAAACAAGUUCAUGAAUAAUAAGAAAUUUAACCUAAAAAACAACAAACACCACCACCAUAAUAAUUAGAAAAUGAAGAAGUGAAUAAUGAACCUGAAGGUAAUAAAAUAUUAUUAAUUAAUAGAAUUGGCUUUAUAAUAUGAAGAUGGUUAUAUUUAUAGAGGUUAAGGUUAUCCUCCAUAAACUAGAAAUGGUUUUGGAAUUUUAACUGAUAGUGAAGGUCAAGAAGUUUAUGCUGGAUAUUGGAAAGAUAAUUUUUACGAGGGUGAUGGAAAAUUAAAUAAUUUAUAGAUUGAAGAAUUAGAAGAUCCUUAUGAUUACACUAAUAUGACAAAUAUUGGAAAUGGAUGGUUAUCUUAUGAAGGUAUUAUCAAUUAUUAAUUAAUAGGUGAAUUUGAGGGUGGUAAAAUGCAUGGAUAAGGUACAUUAAUACUCUCAAACAGAGAAAAAUAUACUGGUCAAUUCGAUGAUGGAAUGAUUCAUGGAGAAGGUCAAUUCUAAACUCUUGAGGGUAAAAUCAUUUAAGCAAAAUGGGAAUAAGGAAUUUUAGAAUAGUAUAUUGAAUGAUUUAUUAUUUUU